UGCGCGUUUCUACCAUAUCCGUUUUAUGACCAAUUAUCUGCAAAUGCUUUAACUAAGUCAAGUUUGCGUAACUAUAUUUUUAUAUAUAUAUAUUGGAUAAUUAAAUUAUAUUAACACAUUGUUACCAUCCAUAUCAAAUCAUUGGCGUGCCAUAACUAACUUAUUUUAGACUUUUCUUAGUGGUAUCGGAGUCAUCCUGCUUCCUGUAUCCUCUGCCGCAAACCGACAGAUUGUACACAAUCAUCAUGGCGACGCAGGAUGGAAGUGAAGGAGCCAUAAUGGACACCGAGACUGAGGCAAAGCCAAAAGAAGCCGAGGCAUUUGGUGAAAAUGUGGAAAAGGCCGAUGCAGAAUCUACAUCUCUCACAGAUGCAGGAAAUGCCACAACUCAGGACUCUAGUAUUAGCAAUGGCGACGACGCAGACGACAAGCAGGAGACGGUGGACUUGAAGAUUAUCUGGAACAAGAACAAAUACGACCUGAAAAUUCCUGUCAACAGUACUGGAGCCAAGCUAAAAGAGAGGAUCCAUGCACUCACUGGUCUUCCACCAGCAAUGCAGAAAGUGAUGUACAAAGGACUGCUUCCAGAGGAUAAGACGCUACGUGACAUAAAGGUUACAAAUGGGGCAAAAAUAAUGGUGGUUGGAUCUACAAUAAAUGAUGUAUUAGCUGUUAACACACCGAAAGAGGUUAUUCAGCAGGAAGUUAAAGCCGAGGAAAACAAGAAAGAGCCCUUAUGCAGGCAAAAGCAACACAGGAAAGUACUGGACAAAGGUAAACCAGAAGAUAUAAUGCCAGCUAUCAAAGGAACAAAGGAACGAUUACCAACGGUGCCUUUAUCUGGAAUGUUUAACAAAUCCGGAGGAAAAGUAAGACUCACAUUCAAACUGGAACAAGAUCAGUUGUGGAUCGGGACAAAAGAGAGAACAGAGAAAGUUCCAAUGGGCUCUAUUAAAAAUGUUGUGUCCGAACCCAUCGAAGGCCAUGAGGACUAUCACAUGAUGGCUUUUCAGUUGGGUCCAACGGAAGCCUCUCAGUAUUGGGUCUACUGGGUGCCUGCACAGUUUGUCGAUGCAAUCAAAGACACAGUCCUUGGAAAAUGGCAGUAUUUCUAAUGUGCCUCUUUUUUUGACAAUGAUGAACUGGGAUGGAGAGGAGCCAAUUAAAAAAAAACAAACAAAAAAAACAAAAAAAAACUGGAGACUAAAGUGAGGCUUGAGGAACUGUUGGAAAGCUUUCUGAAGGAAACUGACGGAUGCCUGUGGACUAACUAUCUUGUUUUUAGGUUAAAAGUGCACUAUGCGGCAGCAUACAAUUUCUCAGCCCUGUUGAUCAAUGUUUUCAGCAAAUUCAAGGGAAAAUAAAAGAAAAAUGUACAGAAAUUGCUAACACUUUUCUUCAGUUAUUCUUAAAAAGAAAUAAAAUUUAUUUAAUGAAAUAAA